GUCGCCUCGGCCGGUGAACAUUGGCGAGCCGGGUCGGUCGGUCGGUCACUGUGAACUUGCAUCCGUCCCUUCAAAACAAAAAGAACCAAGGAAUCUCAGCACAUGGGAUUGGAAUGCCAGCUCAGUGGAUUGUUUGUGAUCUCAGUGUUCAUUCGGGCUCAGCUUAAACAGUUGCUAGGGAGGAGUUCAAGGAACAGAAUUUGUGGAGGCUCUCAGUGUAGUGGGCCUUCUGCUCACAGGAAGAACAUAACAGGAAUCUGGGGAGAGAUGAAUGCAGAUCCUAUACUUCAAGAAACUUUAAUUAAAAGAUCACAGCAGAAAAAACGGACUUCUCCACUCAAUUACAAAGAACGACUCUUUGUUUUAACGAAGUCAAGAUUAACGUAUUAUGAAAAUCGUUCUGAGAAAAAGAACAAAAAAGGAUCCAUUGAUUUACCUACAAUCAAGUGUGCAGAAAUUGUGAAGCAUGACUCUAGCCCUAUUCCUUGUCAAAACAAGUAUCCCUUUCAGGUUAUAUAUGACUCUAAUACCCUGUAUGUUUUUGCUCCAAAUGCUGAUAGCAGGAGCCAGUGGGUGAAAAAGCUCAAAGAAGAAAUAAGAAACAAUGAAUUGAUAAUGCCAAAAUACCAUCCGAAGUUCUGGGCAGAUGGAUCAUGGCAGUGUUGUAGGCAAGCAGAUAAACUUGCUCCAGGCUGUGAGGAAUAUAACCUCUUCGGUGAUAUUACACGUAAACCACUUCCACCAACGCCUGAUGAUGUGCUACGUAACAAUCUCACAGGAACUCUUCACAAGUUUCCAUCACACUUACCACAACAUGAAGAAACAGAGGAGGAGGAAGAAGCUGAAGUGGUUCUUGCAAUGUAUGAUUUUGAAGCAUUGGAAGCUCACGAUUUAAGUCUAGUUAAGGGAGAAGAAUAUGAGCUUCUAACAAAAUCUGAUGUAAAUUGGUGGAGAGCAAAAGAUAAAAAUGGAUUUGAGGGCUACAUUCCAAGCAACUAUGUAACUGAGAAGAAAUCCAGCAAUUUGGAAAAAUAUGAGUGGUAUUGCAAAAAUGUUAAUAGAAGUAAAGCAGAGUGUUUACUGAGAUCUGAGGACAAAGAGGGAGGAUUUUUGGUGAGAGAUUCCAGCCAACCAGGGAUGUAUACUGUGUCUCUUUACACUAAAUUUGGAGGGGAGGGAUCUAUUCGACAUUACCAUAUAAAGUUAAACCAGAAACCUAAUGUACAGUACUAUCUGGCAGAAAAACAUCUGUUUAAUAAUAUUCCUGAUUUAAUUGGAUAUCAUCAACACAAUGCAGCAGGUCUGGUCACAAGAUUACGAUAUCCAGUGGGCCGCAAAGGACGAUCUGCACCUAAAACUGCUGGCUUUAGUUAUGAUAAGUGGGAAAUAAAUCCAUCUGAACUAACUUUUAUGAAAGAGUUAGGAAGUGGACAGUUUGGAGUGGUACGUUUGGGGAAAUGGCGAGCUCAACACAAAGUAGCAAUUAAAGCAAUUCGCGAAGGUGCAAUGUGUGAAGAGGAUUUCAUAGAAGAAGCAAAGAUCAUGAUGAAGUUAUCUCAUCCUAAAUUAGUGCAAUUAUAUGGAGUUUGCACACAGCAAAAGCCAAUUUAUAUUGUGACCGAAUUUAUGGAACUCGGUUGUCUACUGAACUAUCUCAGACAAAGAAGAGGACAGAUAAACCAUGAAAUGUUACUGAGCAUGUGCCAGGAUGUUUGCGAAGGCAUGUCAUACUUGGAAGCAAAUAGGUUCAUCCACAGAGAUCUGGCCGCCAGGAACUGCUUGGUGAGUGAUUCACAUGUGGUGAAAGUGUCUGAUUUUGGAAUGACCAGAUACGUGUUGGAUGAUCAGUACACUAGUUCUUCAGGUGCCAAGUUUCCUGUGAAAUGGUCACCCCCUGAGGUGCUACAUUACUCGAAGUUCAGCAGUAAAUCGGAUAUAUGGUCGUUUGGUGUUCUGAUGUGGGAAGUUUACAAUGAUGGAAAAAUGCCAUUUGAAACUAAAACAAAUGCAGAAGUAGUUGAAUUCAUUUCAUCUGGCUUUCGAUUAUAUCGACCAAAGCAAGCAUCAAAAGCUGUUUACGAGAUCAUGAAUCUUUGUUGGCAUGAGAAAGCUGAAGGAAGACCAUGUUUUUCAGAGUUACUAGUGAAGAUCAAUGAAAUAAUGGAACCUGACUAUUAAAGUGACUUUCAGCUGGCUGUAAAAUGUUUUUGAAUCAAGUCAAAGAUCCAUACAUUUAUGUAUUAUGACAAAUUAUUUUGGGAGUUUGUCAAUAAUUCAGAUCAUCAGUUCAAAAGCGUUGUGCAUAUCUAGAACACAAUAUGGUGAUUAAGAAGAGGAAAUCACAUGUUUGAUGCAAAUACGCCUUGUGUAAAUGGAAUAUUAACCAUCACUGUGUACAUUUGUAGAGUAAUAUAUUCACUUUCUGUGAUGUAAUCUGAAAUGAUAGAGAGCAUAAUUGAAGCCUUGCAUUGAAACUGAUUCUGAUUUGUCACAUUUUUAAUAAUUAUAUCUCAUUGCCAAUUUCACAUCUAAGGGCAACUUUUAACCCAUUACUAUUCUUGACACUAGAAAUUUAAUUAAACCAUCAACAAUUUUUGCUGAACUAAUUUUUAGCAACUAUUUCUUUCUUUCUUUCUUGCCUUUCUGAGGUUGAUAGACUAUGUGCCAUUGCAUAAUUCUAAAAUAUCAUAGAAACAUAGAAAAUAGGUGCAGGAGCAGGCCAUUCGGCCCCAUCGAGCCAGCACCACCAUUCAUUGUGAUCAUGUCUGAUCGUCCCCUAUCAAUACCCCGUGCCUGCCUUCUCCCCAUAUCCCUUGACUCCACUAGCCCCUAGAGCUCUAUCUAACUCUCUCAUAAAUCCAUCCA